GCGUACUUUCUUUCUUUCUUUCUUUCUUUCCCCCUACUUUUUCAUCUCCUGCUUCCUUCUCGUUUUCGCCUUCUCUUCCACCAUCCCGAAUUUCCACUCCAUGAAGCAGCACCUCCUUCUCUCUCCAUUGAAGUGAUUUACGAGCUUUCUCACUCCAUUGAAGCAGCACCUCCUUCUCUCUCCAUAUCUCUGGCCUCCAUUGAACUCGUUGUGCUCUAUAUCCUCCAUUGAAGCCAAUUCUGACCUUUCUCACCUCCAUUGAAGCAGUUUCGAGGGUUUUUCAUUGAAGCGCGCACGGCUCUACGUCCACCACAAUGAUCUCUUUGUCACGGCGGCAGGGCCUUCUUUUUCUAGGGAAAGAAUCAAAUGAAUUGAUAAAACUUGUCAGGUCUCGUAUAGUGGACAACAAUGGAACUUUUGGUGAAACUACUCCAAAUAUGCGGACCUCAGCAAUUAUGGAAGCCAGGAAAUGGCUGCAGGAGAAAAGAGCAGGCUCAAAGAAAAAGUUUGAGAUGGAGCUUGAUUCAGCAAAUGUGGCGUCACCAUUCCAAAUUUUAGAAGGGCAUCAAGAUGAAGUAUGGUGCUUGCAAUUUUCUCAUAAAGGGAAAUAUUUAGCAUCAGCAUCUAAGGAUCGAUCAGCUAUAAUAUGGGAGGAAGCUUCGAGCUAGGUGAUUUCUAGCGAGUGUGGCUGAGUUUAGGUAUUAUUCAAGGGUUGAAAUAAAGAGGAAGUAACAGGUACUUGAAGCAUGAAGAGCAUGAUGGGAAAGAGUGUAGAGAGUUACUUGUUAUGUUUCUUAGUUUAAUAUUUUUGAAUUAUUGGUUUAUUUAUGGACUACCGAGAUUGUGUUUAUUUUUAAUUGAUUUUUGAGAAGGGCCAUGUUUGAAUUGGUUCC